AUGGCUAGCUCGCAAAAUGAGUCUGAUUUUAAUACUACAAAGGUUCUUCCGGAAUUAGUUAGAGUAACGGUUGCACGGACCUGUAAGGUUCAAAUGCCUUUUAAUAAGAUGGGCGAAUCAAACCGAUGUCUCUUUAUAGAAUCAUUGCCGUUUUUCAAGAUAGUAUGGCAGUUGAUUUUUCUAGUAAUCGUCCAGAAAG